GGGGGGAGCAAAAGCAUGUCAAGUAACUACAGCAGUCAUGAGCUUUAGCGACGGCGACUCGUCCGCAACUCACACCGCGAGACCCCGACGCGGCACCCCGCUCGGGCUGGAGCGCGCUCGCCGAAUGGACGUCCAUGGACUGGACUGAGAACCUCCGCAUCUAUCGCACCGAAGGAAGGAGGGAAAGAGAACCCCCACCCUCCCCCUGUGCAUGUUCAAGUUCCCUGCUCCGACCGGAGGGACGUCGCCCGCAGGACCGAGGAGCUGCGGCGGGACGAGAAGUUUAGCGCCGUGAUUAGUCUCCCCCCCCUCUCUCUCUCUCUCUCUCUCUCUUCUCUCUCUCUAUCCUGUUCUGUUGCGUUUUUUAGUUGUUGUUCAUGUCACGCCACGGGACGGGCGGAUUAACGUUUCCCCGAUGAAAAUAAAUCACCUGCGGAGGGACCCCGCGAUCGUGACUGCGACGACGAUGUCGAGUAAGAGCGCGCAGUGGCUGCAGGAGGAGCUGGAGUCCGGCGCCGGCGCGCUGCUGCUGCUGGACUGCAGAGCCCACGAGCUGUACGAGUCCUCGCACGUCGAGUCCGCCAUCAACCUGGCCAUCCCGGGCCUCAUGCUCCGCCGGCUGAAGAAGGGCAACCUCCCGAUCCGCUCCAUCAUCCCCAACAACGAGGACAAGGAGAAAUUCGUCAAGAGGUGCAAGACGGACGUGGUGGUCUUGUACGACGAGGCGACCCCGGAGCGGCAGGAGUCCGGGCUCGGGAGCUCCGUGCUGGGGCUGCUGCUGCAGAAACUGCGGGACGACGGGUGCAAGGCUUUCCACCUGGAGGGUGGCUUCAACAAGUUCCAGUCGGAGUACCCCGAGCACUGCGAGACCAACUUGGACUGCUCCUGUACCAGCAGCUCGCCGCCUGCCUCCGUGCUCGGCCUGGGAGGACUUCGCAUCAGCUCCGACUGCUCGGACGGGGAAUCCGACCGCGAGCCGGGCAGCGCCACCGAGUCGGAGGGCAGCCCGCUCCCCAUUAACCAGCCGGCGUUUCCUGUCCAGAUCCUGCCGUACCUUUACCUGGGCUGUGCCAAAGACUCCACCAACCUGGAUGUGCUCAGCAAGUACGACAUCAAGUACAUCCUCAACGUGACGCCCAACCUGCCCAACAUGUUCGAACACGAAGGGGACUUCAAGUACAAACAGAUCCCCAUCUCCGAUCACUGGAGCCAGAACCUGUCUCAGUUUUUCCCCGAGGCCAUCUCGUUCAUCGACGAGGCCCGCUCCCAAAAGUGCGGCAUCCUGGUGCACUGCCUGGCCGGGAUCAGCCGCUCGGUGACCGUCACGGUGGCCUACCUGAUGCAGAAGCUCAACCUGUCGCUCAACGACGCGUACGACUUCGUCAAGAGGAAAAAGUCCAACAUCUCCCCCAACUUCAACUUCAUGGGCCAGCUCCUAGACUUUGAGCGGACGCUGGGCCUCAGCAGCCCCUGUGACAACCACUCGACGUCCCCGACGCACAACGACCAGCUCUUCUUCACCACCCCGACCAAUCACAACGUGUUUCAGCUGGACACGCUGGAGUCCAGAUGAAAACCGCUGGGGUGGCUGUUCCUUCUCAUGUUUUAAGGGGGGACGGGGACUGGGGGGGGGACGGGUAAGGUGGUUAAACCUGGUUUUGUAACCAGGAUAACGAGUGGCUGCGCUGGAAGGAAGUUGCCAGGAUGUUUUAGCCCCCCAAGGCCCGUUGUCGGAGAGCCUUUGGCGAAGGAACAGCGGCGGGGCCGGGAAGGUCACGGAUGCCACGCUGAAAGAGGAAGGUUUUUUUUUUUCUUUUCUUUUUUUGGGGCGUUUUAACCCGGUGGGGGGGGACUGAUAAAUGGGUUUACAGUGGCGUCCUCUCCAUUUGAAAAUCGAAGGAGAAAGAGCCGUGAUCAACUUGUCUUGUCGCAAAGAACCUAGGAGACUUAACCGCCCGGGCGAAGGACGCAGGGAGGACAGACAGCUUCAUACAAAGAUAGGAAAAAUCUACGGCGCCCGACUCGCCAGAGAAGGACAUCCUCUCCGUCUUUCUGUCGGCUCUCUGGCCGAGCUGACUGGUGCCAAGUGGAGGACCUGGGAUUUACUUGUAGGAGAUCUCGCUCUACUGAAUGUAGAGUCUUACAAACCAAGGAGUUAACACAGAUGUUUGUACUGUAUGUACUGUAUCUAUGUCAACGUACAUCCAGUAUGUCUUUAUGCAUUUUUGUAUAUUUUUGUGUACAUUUUUGCGCACAAAUCUGUACCUUAUAUAAAUAUAUACACAUAGAAAUUGUAUCUAUCCAAUCCAACAAUGGCUUAAGAGAUUGUAAAACUAACGAAAGGGUGGAGACGCCAACAAAGAGGAACGUUAUUGUGGUAUUCCCAGUUGUCUUUUUUUCUUUUCCUUUUUUUUUCUUCCUCUCCUCGAGGUUUGUAAUGACCUAAUGCAGUUUGCACAGUGGCGUAGCCAUUGACUUGUUGGCACUCGGAGCCGGUGCUGGAAACGGGCAGAUAAAGAGACAUUCAGAGAGGAGGAGCGGAAAGGAGAGGCCAGUCCCAGGCUGCGACAAGUGCCGACAGCUGCACCGCUGAGUGGGCAGGGAGCAGGAACUGCCCCCCCCCCACAGACCCCCCUCUUCGAGCGAAGGACGAGGUUCAGGGGGUUAGAGGUUUGGGUGGGUUAUUUAGGGGAUGGGGGGGCAGACAGAUACUACAGGCGAGUUGACUUUGGGUCAAGUGCAGGUUCCUUCUUCCGUCCCCAUCCAGUUGCCUUACAACAAGUACCAGUUGUCUUUUUGUUAGUUCAGUUAGGAAGUGAACCUCUGGACUUCCUCGGUUAUUUCAUCGCGUUGCAUACUGUCCGACCAACAGUGUGUUUUGUCUUUUUUUGCCAAAUUGGUUCCUCACACCUCUGGUGUUUGAGGCGCUGAGGUAGUGUUAACAUUUCAAAACGACUUUUCGCGCAGCUUAUUUGACCUCAACAUCUGGCAAGGAAGUGCCUCACCACAUUGUUGUAUUACCAUACUUCUUUUUGCCUAACAGGACUUUUAAUUUUUUUUAAUUUACAUCCUCAACUUAGGUUCCUUUUACCAGAAUACAAAAACGACUGUAGUGUGGUCCUGGCGUUGUAGUGUUGUGCACUGGGACUGGCCUCAGCUACAGACUGCACUUACAGUAGCUCCACGUCCGAUAACUGCAUUGGAGAAAACGCAAAGCAAAGGGAUCACCCCCGUUUUGUCAAAGAAAGGUUUGUCUGAGUUGAUUCACCCUUUAGCCUUGGCUAUAUGAAAGAUAUAUUAAACGCAAAUUGAUAUAAAUAAAUAAAUAUAUAUAUAUAUAUAUAAUAAUAGCGCUAAUGGUAAACAGAUUGGUAUUAUUUUGUAUACCUGAGCAUGCUGCUGUACUGUAUGCUCUCUAACAGUGACCACGGGUUGGAUGUUGCUUCACGUGGCAGGAAGACGAAUGAUGAGGACCGUUUUUUUUAACUGCUGUUGCUGCUGAACACAGCGGUACACAGCACGUAGUUAAAGAGCUUUCUGAGAUCUUUUCCACAUCAGAAGCACCUUAAAUUGAAAUACUCCAAAAAGAAGGUGCAAAUGCUGCAGUAUUUGCGCUUUUUCAUCGCAGGUUUCCUCCAAUGAGUCCAACAGCACGGCAGCACUUAAACUUAUGUCAGUGUCUGUAGGCACAUUUGGCGUCACGCAUCAACAAGUUGAUUUUUUUUUUUAGGAGAGAUCUACUUUCUUUCUUUGACGGAUGCUCAUAAGAGUCUGAUUCGACAUGUAACUGCACAAACCUGUUGCCCGUAUCAAGCCGGUUGUGGCCACCGAUGGGACGGCUCCAUAAACAAGCUAAUGUCUUCUCAACCUUUUGUAGACUGGUUUUGUUUCACAAAAAGGUUAAAAAAAAAGCAGAUUGGUUUUGACGGUACUCCAAAAAGGAAAAAAAUGCUAUUAAUUUGCUGUCUAAAUAUCUUAAAAACAUCAUGCCACUGGAAACACGGCUCUCUCCAGAGUUCCGAGUCAAGUACAGACAACCUGCACGUCCUCCUCUGGCCUGGUGGUCCGAGGGCGACCUGCAGUUGGUUGAAAUUUUGCAAAUGAAGCUGAAAACGCUACACGUUCUCGUUGCAUCGUUAAAGGCUGCAGAGGUGUGGUUGCGGAGCGCUGAUGUGGACUCACAGGUCUAGAAGCAAAGAAGUGGGCAGACGGCACGGUUGUUGAAUCUGAACAGGGUUGGUUUUUCGCUGGCCUUAUAUAAUCUUUCUAACUUGUUUCUAAUGCUGACUGUUCAAUACUUUGUAUCUCACUUUAGAAAAAAACGUUGUGUAAAAAGUUAUUUGUUGUUAUUUGAAUCAGAACAUGGUAAUAACAGCGGGUCACACAAGGUCCUCUUUGUUACUCUGCAAUAUAUCAAAACACCCUUUUUUGCAGGUUUUUUUUGUAGAUCUAAGACCUCAAAUUUUUUUAAACUUCUUCUUUUGUACCAUAUCUAUUCUAUUAUUACCACACAAGAUCCAGCUCGAUGCGGCUCGUGGACCGAAGUAACAUUUCACCUGGGGUGUCCGAUACCUAAAGAGGCCCCACUAACGCCCACACAGCUGUGUGUCAGCUUAUUACACCCCCCUGCUUAUAUGAUUACGUCUUUCUCCGUUUUGAUAUCACAUGCUCUAUUCCUGUGGCCUUUCGAUAUGAAUAUAUAUCUAUGUGUUAUUAAUUAAUAUGCAAAUUUCCUCUCCUGCAACAUCAGAGAUGAAAACAGUACUACCACGCUUGAAUGGCUUUCUCUCGUCUGCAGUUAUGUCCCACUUAAAAGAAGCAAAACAACUUCAUCACUGGCACCCUAGAAUUGAAAUAUAUUUCAGUACGGAGCUUUUCUAUUUCACCAGAAAAUGGAUGGUUUUGAGCUGCUUUCUUGUGUUUUCUUUUCUGUGUGUGUGUGUGUGCGCGUGUGUGCGCGUGUGUCUUUGUAACAAUGAGAGAGAAAUCAAGUCUUUUUCUCUGUUUUUACAUUUGUCAGAUCACGGGAACGGCCGUUUCUGUGUCCUUAAACGUGUAGCUACAUCUGGGUAGGAGUGUGCUCGGGAGGGGAAGAGAAGCGAAAGAGAGGGGCGGCGGCACUAAGUACACGGCGAAAGAAAAAGUGGAUGAUUUUUAAAAUGUUACCUCAGUGAGGAAUUUUUCAGGGAUUUUUUUGACAAUGCAUCUUGCAUCGCGUUACAGCUUCAGACACGUGUCAAAAAGCUGUUUUGUAUUGUGCUGUAAACGGUUUUUAAAAGGAAAUGCAAUCUGAAAUUUGAAAACAAGGGGCAUGUUAACCGGGGCAGUUUCACCAUCUGUCUACUGAAGGAAAUAUGAUUGACCCCAUGAAUUGUACAGUGUAUGGAAACAACACAAGACAUGUUUGUACCGCAAAUAAAUAUUGAAAUAUUUUUUUCUUUACAA